AUGCGUCGUCAGACAGACUUGGAUGUUGACUUAAUUUCGUUCUCGGCAGCCCCAAGUCCCCAGUUCGGCGGCGCUGGCCGUGGAGGCGGCGGCGGCGUUGUCGGCCGUGCUGGUGGUUUCGGCGGCGGAAAGGGAGGUGCCGGCGGCUUCGGUGCCAGCGGAGGCGGAGGCAACAACGCCAAUGACAAUCAGAGCCGGGACAACCAAGAUAAUCAGGACAACCAGAACCAGGAAAACCAGAACCAGGACAACCAGAACCAGGACAACCAGAAUCAGGACAAUCAAGACAAUCAAGACAACCAGAACCAGGACAACCAGAAUCAGGACAAUCAAGACAAUCAAGACAACCAGAACCAGGACAGCCAGAACCAAGACAACCAGAACCAGGACAACCAGAAUCAGGACAAUCAAGACAACCAAAAUAAUCAGAACAACAACGGCAACAAUAACAACAACGGCAACAACGGCAGCAACAACAACAACAACGACAACAAUAACAACAACGACAACAAUAACAACAACGACAACAAUAACAACAACGACAACAAUAACAACAACGACAACGGGAACCAGGAGGGGGACGCAGACGCGGCGGCUGAAUUCGUGGGCUUGGCCUGCACCGACGGAACUGGCGCCGGAUCUUGCCAGGCGGACGGCCAGUGCGAUGUCAAUGGCGACGUCAAAGUUGUCGAGGGCCAAUGCGGCCAGUAA